AGCUAUUUCUCGGCCGCCGGGCUCGGAGGUGACAGCAGGCGAUAGCGGCGCUUGUCCCCGCAACUCUCCCCGGGCUGCCAGGGGGUGCCGCACCCCGCACCCCGCGCCCAGCCAUGGGGGGCUGCUCCCGCAGCASCUGGAUUUUGCCCCUUUUCUUGGCUGGACUCGUCCAGCUGGGGCGAAGUGAGGAGAAGGAGAAGGUGGACUGCUACCMCUCGGUGAAGGACACCAUCUACAACUACGGCGCCCUGAGCCUCGAUGGGGAUGAGUACAUUCCCUUUGASAGGUACAAGGGGAAGACUGUGCUCUUCGUCAACGUAGCCACGUACUGAGGCCUGACCCUUCAGUAUGUUGAACUGAAUGCACUACAAGAUGAGCUGAGAAACCAGGGGGUUGUGGUCCUUGGCUUCCCYUCCAACCAAUUUGGGAAGCAGGAACCCGGCCAGAACUCAGAGAUCCUCCCUGCGCUCAAGUAUGUCCGGCCAGGAGGUGGCUUUGUUCCCAACUUCCAGCUGUUCCAGAAAGGGGAUGUGAAUGGGGCCAAGGAGCAGAAGAUCUUCACCUUCCUGAAGAACGCCUGUCCCCCCGUGACGGAGGAGUUUGGGAACCCCAACAAGCUCUUCUGGGAGCCUCUGCGGAUCCAUGACAUCAAGUGGAACUUUGAGAAGUUCCUGGUGAGCCCCGAGGGCGUGCCAGUCAUGCGCUGGUACCAUCGCGCCAACAUCUCUGUCGUGAAGAACGACAUCCUGACCUACCUGGCACAGUGGCAGCAGGAGAACGCUGACAAAUAGCAGGACCACUAGAACCUGGGCUGCUGGGAUGAGGGCCAGCAUCCCCCCAGGCUGCUUCCCAUUCCAUUCCCUCCCAGGAUGUUCCCCAGCAGCAGGAAUCACGUGCUGUCCCCUCCAUUGCUCCUGUCUCUGGCACCUCCCAGUGACGAUGCUGGGCUGGGUAACCUUGUGGCAGAGACCUGAGCAAUGGCAGCGGGACACUCCAAUACCCCUGUGUCCCACCUCCACCCUGGUGUGACAUCUCCAGCUUGCCCCCUCUGCUCCACCAUCCCGGGCAGUGGGAGGAUGYAGGGCCUGGCUGUCCCUGGAGUAGGAGACCACAUCUCCAUGAAGGCUUGGCCUGAAAGCCCCCGGCGGGGCGGGCCUGGCCUGASCGUGCCGAGCACGGAGCAGCUCUUCAGUGCAUUCAGGCUGCCCGUGCUCCUGGCACACAGACGUGCUGCUCUCCCGGUCAGGGGSGGCCGGCCCCUCGCCCCCCACCAUAGAAACACCAAAUAAAGGCUCUGCAAAUGUG